AUUUCUCUCACUUUUCUUUAGCGUCCCAUCACUUUCUCGGAUUUUCUCGGCGACUUUCUUUCGUGCCAACCUGUUUUCGCUCCGUUCUCGCUUUUGAACCCCCCCCCAGGAUCGCUCUUUAUUGAUUUUUAUUCUCAUUCUCUCUUUCGACGCGCGCCCGAUCUGUUGUUACUGUGUUACUGGUACCGUACCAGUGUUGAAAUCGAUGGAGCUGGUGAAACAAGAUGGGAAUGAUUCUCUCGACAUGCUCAUCAGACGAGCGGUUGGUAAAGAUCCGUUUCUCACUUUCCAUAGACCUGAGAACAGUCCGGUGCAGCUCUUUCAGCUUCUCAAUACCUUAGAACGUCCAGGAUGGCCGUUGCUGGCUCCUUUGAAGAUACAGCUGCACAAGUGUGACAAGUGCACCAGGGAGUUUUGCUCUCCUGUCAACUUUAGAAGGCAUAAACGUAUGCAUCGGCGUUCCACAAAGCCUGAAAAGUAUUCUGCCAAAGAGAAGGAUGCACUGGGGGCCUUUUGGGAUGAGCUCUCUGUAUUUGACGCAAAGGAGAUUCUCUCAUUAAAGAACAUGAUGCUGGAGAAUGUUCGUGGAGAAUCAGUUGAGUCAGGACUAAUUUCUCUGAUCGAAAACCCAGGAUAUACUGCGCUCCCGCAGUAUUAUCUAAGAGCUGGUUCUGACCUUUUGGAUAUCAUCCAGGGUAGACCUCUUAAGUUUCCAAUUUAUUCAAAUCAACUUUUUAGCAUUCUCGAUGAUGCAAGCGAAAAAACUUUCAUGAGCAACGAGGCUGCAUCAAUGCAAAAGUACAUUUUUGACGGGGAAAAUGGAAAAAAUGUACUGGAGGCAAAAAAUGUCGUUGCUUGCGCAAGCUUUCUUCUGGAACAACAAUUGAUUAAAGCUUGGCUUGCUGACAAAGAUGCGGAAGCCCUGAGGUGCCAAAAUUUACUGGUUGAAGAGGAAGAAGCUGCUCAAAGAAGACAAGCUGAGCUCUUGGAGAGGAAGAAGAGGAAGAAGCUAAGACAGAAAGAACAGAGAGUAAAGGACCAGACUAAAGAUGCUAAGGAAGACGAGAGUACCACAUCAGAUGAACAACAACAAUCUCCUGCCGAGUCAUCAAGACCGUUAUCUGUUGCUUCAGAUACCGAGGCACAGAGAUCAGACUCCAUACCAACUGAGAACUCUUCAUCCCUCGAGGAACCUCAAGUUUUGGAAAUUGAUAAUGAGAGGAACGGUGAAACUCAAGCGCCAACGGUUGAUGGUGCUGGUUUUGGUAAUGGCCAAAACAUGGAAAGGCGAAGUGGCCGUAGGGAAAUGGAAAGAUCACAGUAUGGAAUGCCGAAUGGGUUUCGCGGUAAUCAUGCGCCGAAACUUGGAGGCAUGCGAAAGAACGGAACUAACAGAGACACAAGAGCCAACACUACCAAAGUUUGGAGCCGAAAAGCUGAUAACCCCAAAUCGAUAUCACCAGACGCAGUAGUAGCUGAACCGGAACAAACUAAGAACAGCGAAGUUCUGAUUGGAUCGGUAAGUGUAACAAUUGGAAACAGCUGUCUCAGUGGAGAACAUAACCAAGCAAAAUGUAGUAGUGAAGAGGAGGGAAGAAUAAAGGCGGUUGAGGCGAAACCCACAUCUGAGCAAUCAACUGUAGAAGUAUCGAGACCAGUGAGCAGUCAGGGAAGGAAAGUGUCAACAGCAAAUGGAAACACAGACAAAAAAGAUAAGCACUUGAGCUCAACUCAACCUGAAGUUAAAACCGCUAAUCACAUAAGCUUGCAGUUCAACAACCACGAAGCAAAGGCGUUUCUUGCAAAGAGAUGGAAAGAGGCAAUAUCUGCAGAACACGUGACGUUGGUUCUGUCUCAGGAAACAGACAUGCCGGGCAACAACACUCACGAAUCCUCAAAUGGUGUUAUAACCGCCGCAAGACCAAAGCACAGGAUGAAACCCGAAAAGGGCGCGAAGGUGAAGUAUGUUGCAAAACAGAAGAUUCCUUGAAAAAUCGAACUUGAUUCUGGACCAGAGAGUAUCAUUCUUUUUAGGUAUACCAAAGUGCAGUAUUAGCGAGAGAGAUAGAGAGAGAGACAAAUCAUUUUUUUUCUUGCUUCUAGAGAGAUUUUUCUUGAUUUCAAGAGUCCUCAUUCUUGAUAGAAAGACAUAGAUUUGUUAUUUUGUUGACCUUAUUCCAUUCUGAGGGUUUAAACUUGAAAUUUAAGAUUUUGAAAUGAAAUGGGUUUUCAGAUUUU